CUAUCUGGUAUCGCUCUGUUGGAGGUGAAGGACCGCCUGUCCCCUCUCUUCCUAUGCGGUCAAUGGCUUUCUGGAAGUAUUUUAUUUGAAUGUCUGGGCGAUAUACGUGACCAAUAAUGGAUAUUCUAUGGAUAUUAUGGACCAUACCGGCCGUAAUAGCUGUUGAAGAGACACUUAUGGACUCUACUACAGCCACAGCGGAGCUCGGCUGGACGGUCUACCCCGUGUCAGGAUCAAGUGACAAUAGCUGGGAGGAGGUGAGCGGUUAUGAUGAAAACAUGAACACCAUUCGGACGUACCAGGUCUGCAAUGUUUUCGACAACAAUCAGAACAACUGGGUACGGACAAAGUACAUCCGGCGCCGUGGUGCCCAGCGGAUCCAUGUGGAGAUGAAGUUCUCGGUGAGGGACUGCAGUAGCAUUCCCAACGUGCCGGGCUCUUGUAAAGAGACUUUUAACCUCUAUUACUAUGAAUCUGAUGCCGACACAGCCACCAGAACCUCACCAGCCUGGAUGGAGAACCCCUGGAUCAAAGUUGACACCAUUGCAGCAGAUGAGAGCUUCUCCCAAGUGGACCUAGGGGGCAGAGUGAUGAAGAUCAACACUGAGGUUCGGAGUUUCGGCCCUGUGUCACGGAAUGGCUUCUACCUUGCCUUUCAGGACUAUGGCGGCUGUAUGUCGCUCAUCGCUGUUCGUGUCUUUUACCGGAAGUGCCCUCGUAUCAUCACUAACGGGGCAUUGUUCCAGGAGACACUCUCAGGAGCAGAGAGCACCUCCCUGGUGGCUGCAAGAGGUGUUUGCAUCCCUAAUGCAGAGGAGGUGGAUGUGCCCAUUAAGCUGUACUGCAAUGGAGAUGGAGAAUGGAUGGUACCCAUUGGACGCUGUAUGUGCAAGGCUGGGAACGAGGCUGUGGAGAAUGGGACUGUGUGUCGAGCCUGCCCGUCAAGCUUUUUCAAGCCGACUCAAGGAGAUGAACCCUGUAUGCAGUGUCCCAUCAACAGCCGUACCACCAGUGAAGGCGCCAUUAACUGCGUUUGCCGCAACGGAUACUACCGAACCGACUCAGAUCCUCUCCAGAUGCCGUGCACAACCGUCCCUUCAGCUCCACAGACUGUUAUCUCCAGCGUGAAUGAAACCUCUGUGAUGCUGGAGUGGAUGCCUCCUCGGGAUUCGGGGGGCCGCGAGGACGUAGUCUUCAACAUCAUCUGCAAGAGCUGUGGCGGAGGCCGGGGAGGCUGCACCCGCUGUGGGGACAACGUUCAGUUUUUGCCCCGUCAGCUGGGCCUUACAGAAUCCCGGGUCUACAUUAGUGACCUGCUGGCCCACACGCAGUACACGUUUGAGGUGCAGGCUGUCAACGGGGUGUCAGAUCAGAGCCCUUACUCCCCUCAGUAUGCCUCAGUCAACAUUACCACUAACCAGGCUGCUCCAUCUACAGUAUCAAUAAUGCACCAGGUCAGUCGUACUGUGGACAGCAUCACCCUCUCCUGGUCCCAGCCUGACCAGCCUAAUGGAGUCAUCUUGGACUAUGAACUACAGUAUUAUGAAAAGGACCAAUCAGAAUAUAAUUCUACGACCAUCAGGAGCCAGACCAACACAGUGGUCAUACGUGGCCUCAAAUCAGGAAGUAUCUACGUAUUCCAGGUCCGGGCCCGCACCGUAGCUGGAUUUGGACGCUACAGUGGCAAACUGUACUUCCAGACCAUGACUGAGGAGGAAUACAAUACCAGUAUUCAGGAGAAGCUGCCUCUCAUCAUUGGCUCGGCAGCCGCUGGCUUGGUCUUCCUCAUUGCUGUGGUCGUCAUCAUCAUCGUCUGUAACCGGAGGCGUGGCUUUGAAAGGGCUGAUUCAGAAUACACUGACAAACUGCAGCACUACACCAGCGGCCACAUGACUCCAGGAAUGAAGAUUUAUAUUGAUCCAUUCACAUAUGAGGACCCCAACGAGGCUGUGAAAGAGUUUGCCAAGGAGAUUGAUAUAUCCUGUGUGAAGAUUGAACAGGUCAUUGGUGCAGGAGAGUUUGGAGAGGUGUGCAGCGGCAACCUAAAGCUACCAGGUAAAAGGGAGAUGUUUGUGGCCAUAAAAACUCUGAAGUCUGGCUACACAGAAAAGCAAAGGCGGGACUUCCUUAGUGAGGCCAGCAUCAUGGGCCAGUUUGACCAUCCUAACGUCAUUCACCUGGAGGGCGUGGUCACCAAGAGCAGUCCAGUCAUGAUCAUUACUGAGUUCAUGGAGAAUGGAUCUCUGGACUCCUUCCUCAGACAAAACGAUGGGCAGUUUACGGUGAUCCAGCUCGUUGGUAUGCUACGCGGCAUUGCCUCAGGCAUGAAAUACCUGGCCGACAUGAACUAUGUGCACCGCGACCUUGCUGCCCGAAACAUCCUGGUCAACAGCAACCUUGUGUGCAAAGUGUCAGACUUCGGUCUCUCGCGCUUCCUGGAGGAUGAUACAUCAGACCCCACGUACACGAGUGCUCUGGGAGGGAAGAUUCCUAUCCGAUGGACUGCACCUGAAGCUAUCCAGUACAGGAAGUUCACCUCUGCUAGUGAUGUGUGGAGCUACGGAAUCGUCAUGUGGGAAGUCAUGUCCUAUGGAGAGAGGCCUUACUGGGACAUGACCAAUCAAGAUGUCAUCAAUGCCAUAGAGCAGGACUACCGGCUGCCCCCACCCAUGGACUGUCCCAGUGCGCUGCACCAGCUCAUGCUAGACUGCUGGCAAAAGGACCGCAACAACAGGCCCAAGUUCAGUCAGAUCGUCAACAACCUCGACAAGAUGAUCCGCAAUCCCAACACGUUAAAGGCCAUGACUCCGUUAUCUUCAGGUGUUCAUCUCCCCCUCCUGGACCGCAGCAUCCCAGACUUCUCCAGCUUCAGCACUGUGGAUGAGUGGCUGGAUGCCAUCAAGAUGGGCCAGUACAAAGACAAUUUUGCCAACGCUGACUACACUACAUUUGAUGUGGUAUCCCAGAUGACCAUGGAGGACAUCCUGAGGGUGGGUGUGACAUUAGCAGGCCAUCAAAAGAAGAUCCUCAACAGCGUCCAGAUGAUGCGGGCACAGAUGAACCAGAUUCAGUCAGUGGAGGUUUGACCCUCCCGAGCGGAACAGAGGAGGGGAAAAAAAGGCAUUUGGGAUGCAGGGUUCAGGGUGAGGAGGAUGGAGUGGAUGUUUCUUUUUUCUUUUUUACAUUACAGUGUGUCUGGUCUUCCCCCCAGACUACCAUUCUUCCCCAUUCUCCUCUCCACUUCCUUCUUUCCUCCUCUUAUUCCCUCACCCUGACUCUCCCUCCAACCUUGGGAUCAGCUGUGGAGAGUUAUGGAAGCAAAAAGUCCAUGUGAUGAGACAUCAGAAGGCCCAAAGCCAACCCACAUUUGGAUCUAGAAACAUGGGAGGUUAGAAGCGACCAGCAACACAUUUUUCAAUCUUCCACCAAUUUUUAUUUGAUGUUGAACAUUUUUCUUGGUUUGUUUGUUCUGAUAAUUUUGUAAAGAAUUUUGUAAAGAAAAAAAAAAGAAAAACUGAGAAAAGGCAAGGAGUUUAUCUAAAUUUAUAGAUGAUAUAAGGUUGUACAUUAGACAAACUGAGUAGGAAAGCUACCCUUUAAAAGGGCAAAAAAAAAAGAAAACAAGGAAGGGUUAAGGAGACGAGGCCAUCCUCUACAAGGUGUGGAUAUUGUCUUUGCCAUUUUUAAUUUUGGACAUCAAAAGGAAACACAGAGUUCUCUGUGGCCUUCUGAAAGGCAAACUGCAGAAGAGACUGAGGGACCCAACGUGCACUCCCAACUGUUUUCCCAGGAAAGAAAAUAAACAAAAAAAACAUGAAAUGGACAAUGUUUGGCAUAAACUGAUGUCAAAAACACAUUCAUUCAGACUGUCAAUUCACACCGUGAAAUCCACACUCAAGAAAAAGAAAACUUUUUUUUCUCAUUGCAAGUAAUUUUCUAUAUUGUGUGAAAUUUUGUGAUGAAGAUCCCGUCUCACCAUGCUUCCUCUCACUAUAGACAAAAUGACAAGUUUCUUUUUUUUUCUUUCACAGCGAAAUACUCACAGCUUGCCAAAUAGAACUCUUCCCUUUUUGCACCCCAAUCAUAAUCCUGUACUGUACAUAUCAGAUGCACUUGACCUGCCACAACGCGAUGACUCAGAAACAAUUAUAAUCAAUUAGUUCAGGAGCAGAAGAACUGACCACAGGGAGGAUUUAAGUUGUUGUCACCAUAAUUUUUUCCCCUUGGCCUAUGAAAAAAUAGCUUAAGGAGUAAAACAACAGCAACCAACUUCCUACAUAAAUUCACACAAAAAGAAACAGGUUCUACUGUUUAUAUCAGAGCCCACAUACAUUCAGUAUGUGCUGUUAUAGCAUCCUCCUUCACGUUGUUCAUCUCUAAUGCCGUCUGUGCACAUGUUGCACAUGCAUCCCACAAGAAACAGUGGCUCCUGAAGUGUCGGAACUCGUGUUUGAUAGCAUGCUGAGUGAGUGGUUAAUUUCACAGUGCUUUGAUUUGCUGCAAUUACUAGAACUCUGCUUGGUAAGAGCUUGGAUUUGACACACUUUAAAGAGUAUAAUGUGGCUGCAUUAUAUUCAGUGGCUUUUUCUUCCAGUUUUCCUUUUGAAAAGAGAUUUUAUGUUUAAAAUAUUAAAGUUUUGAUACCAUACAUGGUUAUUUUACACACACAGUCAUGAAUAGACUACAAUCAGGCAUUUGUUGAAUUUAAAACAAAAAUGCAAUGUGUUAUAUUUUUGCAAUUUCUGUAUGGAUAUUAUUGAAUUGUUAUUAUUAUUACUUUUAGGGUUUUUGUCUGCACUGAGUCUCCUGUUUGACUCCAAGAAACACUCUGGAUCUUCCAUCAAUGCUUAUGAAUUUAUUUUGACUCAUGGAUUAUGUUGGUGCACAAAACCGUGUAGAUAAAACAGCAUUUCCCUGUAACAGGUUUAUUUUAUAGACAGUAUAUGCAUUAUUGUAUGGCUUCCUGUGAACAAUACUGUCUUAUGAGUACACAGCUGUCAACCAUUGUUUGUGUUGUCGUCGGUAUACCUGGUAUAAGGAUUGUGUGGGGGAAAGAUGGAGUUUGUAGCAAUGCAAUGAUUCCCUGAUGACGGUGAAUCAGGCGGGGGUUUAUGUACACAGCCAGUAAAUGAUAUCGGCAGUGCAGAGUUCCUACUGGGCUCCGCUCCGAGACCUGACAGCCAGACAUGGACGCCCAGCUGUGAGCCAUCGGUAAGAUGUGUCCGGUCACAGCGGGGCGGCCGCACCCCGAUCACAGCCGCUCUGUCCAGGCACUGAUUCCCUCUCUCUCCCCUUGAUCACAUACAUGCCUGUCAGCCACCUGUCUGCCGCUCCCACUGAUCUCCACACAGUCGGCAUUUGGCAGUUGUCUGGUUACGUCUCGGCGAGUUUAAAAGCAUCAAACAGAAGCAGGCAAGCUGACACUCAUCAGUGGGGCAGUUGUGUCUUGUCUUGUCUUAAAGCUGCAUGCCACUGUUUAUGUGAAAAAAAAGAGAUUCCUCCACUGGACAAUGCUUCCAAGUUUGCUUGUACCAAAUCCUUAGACUUGACCUGAGAUUUUGUGGUGUCACUACAGAAAGCUUUAGCACCAAAGCUCUGGUUGAAGAAAGUGAGAAACUUAAGUUACUGCACCCCUGUCAUCUUACCUUUCAUUAUCCCCGGCUGUCCACAGAAUUUAAGGCCAGGAGUGGAAGGAUUUUUAUUCUCUUUCUCCUCCAUAAUCCUCUCCUUGGUUAUUUUCAUCUGCAGUGCAACACAUCAGAAUGAAUAUUUCCCUGGAAGCCUUUAUAACAUAUGAAACUGGAGGAGGAGAAUCAUGAGCUGUUAGUCAUAGCUGAGAGGCGAGGGAGAAGUGAUGCUGUGACCUAAAUGCCAUUGAUGCCAACAUGAAGUUUGCUUUUUAACUGAGCUUUCGAUCAUCUUCACUUUCCAUUUCUCAAUUCUUAACAGCUCAUCAGUUUUAUAUUGUGAGGCUGAACGUCUUGUCAUGGUACGGCAAAUAUUCCAUCAUCAGGAAAAACACUUUAAUCAAAUUAAUCUGAAGUAUACACAAGGCUGCUGAGUUUCUGCUCUAGUCCCAUUAAAGCUCUUUAUGAUGCUUGUCCAUGGACACCGCCAAGACUUGAAGUUAUUAAUCAAGCAAUUAUCCUUGAACGUUGCUUUAAGGAACUACCUUAAACAGGGUGGGCAGACAUACUUAGUGCUAAAUAGUGCUUAAGUUGACUUUAUGGUACAUACUGUCAGUGUAUACUUCUUGGUUUACUCCUUCUGAGGGUUAGUUUUUUGUCCAUUUCAUCUAAAGUAAAAGAAAACCUUUUGAUUGAGUGUGGAGUGUUUGAAAGCACUCCAUGAAGUAUUUAUAUAUCUUCUGAUUUUGAUGGCACAAAAGAGAUGGAUUGUUGCACUUCAAGCUGAGCAGCAAUAUUGGGAGAAGAAAUUGACACACUUAUGUCAAGUGUUUCUGACUUCCUUUUUACAAGCAGACUGGCUGCUUUCUUUACACCAAAGCCAGAGCUGUCCAAAUGUCCAAAUUCUAGACUAUUAAAAAACCAAGUUACUAAUUCAUCUGGUGCAGUUUUUCUGGUGGGCAUAUUUCUAAAAUAAAUUUUACUCUAUGUGGUGAUUAUUCUUUUAUCUCCUCUCUGAUAUUGGCCUGAAUAUUUUAUUUAAGUGAAAUUAUCAUAAAAUAAUCAUACAAAUAAUCAUUACUGUAAAUGGUUUUCACAGGACAAAAGUGCAGUCGGAUAUUUAUGAAUAUUGCAUCGCUGGGAAAUUUAAAUUCACUAUGUGUCAAUUCAAGAUUUGUAUAUACAGAAAGGCUUUUGUGCCCUUUAUGUUUAAUUCACUUGCUUAUUUCCCCUUCAGAGCAGUUGUUUUAUACUGUUCACUUUCCAGAAACAAAAUAUAUUAUUUAUCUUUUCAGAUGUAGUUUUACAACACCAUAAAAGGGGCAUCUACACAUGCAGACUCCAGUUUCUCUAGUUAAGAACUUUUUACAGCUUUCCUCUGGAAGUGAAGUAAAUGUACUGUAGUCAUGACACUCAUGAUGGUUUCAUACAACGUUGGCCUACUUCAACUUCAGCAAAACAUAAUGUACUUUCUCCUCUUACAUCUGUGAAGUAAAACCACUCAGUCCUGCCCUCACCAUGUGCCAAUUUUUGAAGGACGGAGGAAAACCGUUAAGUCUCAGUGUUACUGUUACAUGAUAGUGUGCAUAAACACGAGCUGUGCCAGGUUGUACCCACUGGGCGUUUGAACACCGUCCAAACUACAGUAUGGUCAGAGCGAGAGGUCUGCCUCCUGUUGUGGAAGACAGAAAAUGGCUCCUGUUUAAUGGAUGCAGCACAAAGCACCAGAGCGCCCUCUACUGUUGUGGUGGACAAAUGUAGCUUGUUGAAUUGACAUUUUCAGGUGCAGAUAGUCUGUGAAUCCUGCUGCAGUCAAAGCUCCAGUGUUCAGGACAUUUCAGCAGGCUGCUGAUGGACAAAUGCUCACUGCUGCUCAGAACAAGCCUGUGUUUUUCCCUCUGUUUCACAAACUUUCAUACCACUAUGGCACCCUGCCACCUGUGUUCCCCUCUAUGACCCCAUUUUACCCUCUGUUGUCCCGUCCCUUCCCCUGAAGCUGCUCCCUCCCACUACCACUCUGGCUGUUGGCUAGUACAGGCGGGGGAUCUCCCUGCAUCCCCUGGACCUUUAAAGCCCCCAUUAUAGACCAGUGCCGGUUCAGACCACUGUGACUGAUGUGGGAGAUCCUGUAUUUCUGUAUAAAUGUAUAUUGACUGUAACCCUGUGAAUGAUGUAACAAUUUCAUUAUUUGUAAUAUUGUCAUUGGUUUAUUUUCUAAAAAAUGGAAAGCCCAACUUGACUCUCCUCAAUAAAAAAUAAGAUCUGUUAUAAAAAAAAA